UUUGUCCAAAAUUGGGGACCAAAAUGCAAUUCUUUCUGAAGAGGGCCGUGAUAUUCAUCGCUUCCGCUUUGCCUGUAGUAUCUAUCAGUAACAAGUUGGAUUCCACCGGCCGUUAAAAGCCAAAUCUGGCCGGAAAACGCAAUCGCCGACAGUCGACCGCCCGAAACAGCCAGAAAGUCGUCCAGGGAGUUCAAAGGCCGUGUCUUUCAUCUACACUGUCUCCUUACCUUAUCGGAUUGAAAACUGCGCUAGCUCUUCUUUAAUCCUGUGAUAAAAGUGGCCUUGUUGGGCUUCGGUGUUAAAUACAAAAUUUGUAAUAUUUGUUUUCUUAUUCUAUAGUUUCCAACUUCCGGCAUGGGAAACGAGAAACUAAGCUUCAAAGAAGUCCGCAAUUCUAGUAGCCCCAAAACAACUCUAUGGUGGUUUUUUCUUAUAGCUACGUGUGUAAAAGUUCUCCUUUUCCCAUCUUACCGCAGUACAGACUUUGAGGUACACCGCAAUUGGCUGGCUUUGACCCAUUCCCUCCCUCUUUCCCGCUGGUACUUUGAUGAGACCAGUCCAUGGACACUAGAUUACCCACCAUUCUUUGCCUAUUUUGAACGCUUUCUAUCCUUUUUUGCUCACCUCGUUGAUCCCCAAAUAGUGCACCUUCAAGAGGGACUGAAUUAUAGCUCAAAUAAAGUGGUUUAUUUCCAGAGAUUUACUGUAAUACUCUCUGAUUUGUCUCUUCUUUAUGGGGUUUAUAGACUUACUCAGAAACUGGAUUCGAGAAAGCAAAAGUUGAUCUAUUCAUUGGUUAUUUGGUCACCGAUGCUUUUAAUUGUGGACCAUGUGCAUUUCCAAUACAAUGGAUUUCUCAUUGGGAUUUUGCUGAUUUCACUUUCGUAUUUGGAGGAAGGAAGGGAUUUGUUAGGUGGCUUUGUUUUUGCCGUUCUUCUGUGCUUUAAACAUUUAUUUGCAGUGGCAGCGCCUGUUUAUUUUAUUUAUUUGUUGAGGCACUAUUGUUGGGGUGGAAUUGUAAGAGGCUUUAGUCGACUCUUGAUAAUGGGAAGUUUGGUUGCAGCAGUGUUUGCAUCUGCAUUUGGGCCAUUUUUCCACCUUGGACAGAUACAACAAGUCAUCCAACGAUUGUUUCCAUUUGGCAGGGGGCUUUGCCAUGCAUACUGGGCCCCAAAUUUUUGGGUAUUCUAUAUUAUGUCAGACAAAGGACUUGCUUUCAUACUCAGAAAACUUGGGUUUAAUAUCCAGACACCAGCAGCUUCAUUCACUGCAGGGCUAGUAGGGGAUUCCUCCCCUUUUUCUGUACUACCUCGGAUUACUCCAUCCGUAACAUUUAUAAUGGUUCUACUUGCCUUAUCCCCUUGUCUCUUCAAGGCUUGGAAGAAUCCACAACCACAGAUGAUUACUAGGUGGAUAUCAUAUGCGUAUACAUGUGGUUUUCUUUUUGGAUGGCAUGUGCAUGAGAAAGCAUCACUCCAUUUUGUAAUUCCACUUGCCUUCGUUGCAGCACAAUCCCCAGAGGAUGCAAAACAUUACUUUUUGCUGUCAUUAGUAUCCUGCUAUUCUCUUUUUCCAUUACUAUUUGAGGCACAAGAGUAUCCUAUCAAAGUUCUGUUGUUGCUUCUUCACUUCAUUUUGAGUUGGUCAGGCUUUUCAGCACAAUCUUACGACAGGGAUGAAACAAGAGUGCCCGUUGCUCAGACAAAGAAAAAAGUUGAUCAAUCUGAAGGUAGUUUAAGCACGGAUAUGAAGAAGGGUGGUUUUGUUUUUGGCUUGAUUGAGAGGAGUUAUCUGGCUGGUCUCAUAGUUGUAGAGAUAUGGGGACAAUUUUUACACCCUUUGCUCUUUGGUGAUAAGCUUGCAUUUGUGCCCCUUAUGUUGAUCUCUGUUUAUUGUGCUCUGGGGAUCACGUACUCAUGGAUUUGGCAGUUAAGAUCCAUAGUUAAAUCUCAUUAACUUUUAACUUUAA